AUGUCAAAGGACCACCCGCGCAUCCUGCUCUACAUACUUCGCCGCGACAUCCGCCUCUCCGAUAAUCCAAUCUUCCACUUUGCCUCACACCGAACCAAACAAACGAAAUCCUCGAGGUCACCCUCAAAUUCCGACAAACGAAACCGCGAUGACUCGCUGACCUCAGAACAUGGGGACGCCAAUUUUACACACGUUCUGCCGAUAUACAUAUUCUCAGCAAACCAGAUCGAAGUAUCUGGCUUUCUUUCUUCGCCAUCAGACCAAUGUCCCUACGCCGAAGCGCGCAGUGCGGUAGCGGGAGUAUGGCGCACCGGACCACACCGCGCAAAGUUCAUAGCUGAGGGAGUUUGGGAUCUGAAGCGAAGACUUGAAAGUCUCGAAUGCGGAUCUGGUCUAGAAAUAAGGGUUGGAAGAGUUGGGGAUGUGGUUUCGGAUAUACUCGACUGGUAUUCCAAGAAUUGUGACAACGGCGACAACAAGGCUGAAAUCACUGGGAUCUGCAUGACCGGCGAUGAUGGUACCGAAGAAAAGGAUGACGAAAACAUAGUUAAGGACAUUGCGGAAAAGCACAACGUGGACUUCGAGGUAUGGGAGGAUGAGAAGUUCUACGUAGACGACCGCGAUUUACCGUACGAGAAUAUCUCCGAGCUUCCAAAUGUGUAUACGACAUAUCGCAAAUCACUUGAACCGCUUCGCGACCGCCCUCGAAACCCUUUGCCCACCCCGACACAACUACCGCCACUACCGCCAGUUGUACCUCCACAAACAGGACCAUUCACAGUUCCCACGAAUUUCAAUGAACUGAAGAAAAGGCUCUUAGCUCCGCUGGAGAAGGACCCCACAUUCACAUUAACACAUCCGCCGCAGUGGCCGACGGACGUCAAGUCAGCACAUCCAUUUGAUGGAGGAGAAACAGUUGGCCGAGACCGCAUCGCGCAUCUCAUCCGCAGUGGUGCAAUGAGCUCUUACAAGGCUACAAGAAAUGGCAUGUUAGGGUUGGACUUCAGCACAAAACUCUCUGCAUUCCUUGCGCAAGGCCAUAUUACCGCACGACAAGUCCACUGGGCAAUGGUUGACUUCGAAGAGGGAAGAGGAGACGGAAAAGACCUGGCAGGUUAUGGAAAAGGUGAAAACGAGGGAACAGCAGCUGUCAGAUUCGAACUCCUAUGGAGAGACUACAUGCGCCUUUGCAUGCAAAAGUUUGGCCAUCGGAUGUUUUCUCUCUACGGCAUCCAGGACAAGAGAGGAAAAGACGAUCAACAAAACUGCCGCAAGCCAUGGAGAACGCUACAUAAAACCAAACGUGCAGGUGAAGACCCGGAGAAGGCCUUGGAAAUAUUCAUGCGCUUUCGAUCUGGUCGCACGGGAGUUGGUCUGAUCGACGCCUCGAAUCGAGAACUGUUUGUUACUGGCUACACGUCGAACCGAGCGAGACAGAAUGUCGCCUCGUUUCUAUCCUCGCACCUGAAUAUUGACUGGCGUGUUGGAGCCGAGUGGUACGAGUGUUUCCUCACAGACUAUGAUACAGCCAGCAACUGGGGCAACUGGCAGUACGUGGCAGGCGUUGGCAACGACCCAAGACAAGGGCGGAUAUUCAAUCCGGUCAAACAGGCACUCGAUUACGAUCCACAAGGCGAUUAUAUAAAAGCAUGGGUUCCAGAGCUAAGGGGUAUCAAGUUGACACGCACUAUCGGGCCUGGGCGAGAAGAGGUGGACCAACAGCGGUUGAUGUACCUGUAUCAGGUUUGGAAACUGAGUGACUGGGAGAAAACCAAUCUUGGUCUGAAGGGUCUUGAGUGGGUAGAGCAACCACUCACUAAGAUCCAGUUCUCGGUGGGCCGGGCACGAGGCGGCCAUGGUGAUGGAAAGUCAAAACGAGGAGGUGGGGGAGGAGGUUCCUGGCGAGGAAGAGGCAGAGGCCAAGAGCGGAACUUUAGGAGGAUGGGGAAUGAGGACAGGGUUGCGAGGAGCGAGGAGGGUCCGACCAUUGUGAGUAGUGAGCGGGUGUAG